AUGAAUUCUAUGGACAGGCACAUCCAGCAGACCAAUGACCGCCUGCAGUGCAUCAAGCAGCACUUACAGAACCCUGCCAACUUCCACAAUGCCGCCACGGAGCUGCUGGACUGGUGUGGAGACCCACGCGCCUUCCAGCGGCCCUUCGAGCAGAGCCUGAUGGGCUGUUUGACGGUGGUCAGUCGGGUGGCAGCUCAGCAAGGGUUCGACCUGGACCUCGGCUACAGACUGCUGGCUGUGUGUGCCGCGAACCGGGACAAGUUCACUCCGAAGUCUGCCGCCCUGCUGUCCUCCUGGUGCGAGGAGCUCGGCCGCCUGCUGCUGCUGCGACACCAGAAGAGCCGCCAGAGCGACCCCCCCGGGAAACUCCCCAUGCAGCCCCCCCUCAACUCCAUGAGCUCCAUGAAACCCACCCUGUCGCACAGUGAUGGGUCGUUCCCCUAUGACCCUGUCCCCUGGCAGCAGAACACCAACCAGCCUCCCGGCUCCCUCUCUGUGGUCACCACGGUGUGGGGCGUAACCAACACGUCCCAGAGCCAGGUCCUCGGGAACCCUAUGGCCAAUGCCAACAACCCCAUGAAUCCAGGCGGCAACCCCAUGGCGUCGGGCAUGACCACCAGCAACCCCGGCCUCAACUCCCCCCAGUUCGCUGGGCAGCAGCAGCAGUUCUCGGCCAAGGCGGGCCCCGCACAGCCCUACAUCCAGCAGGGCAUGUACGGCCGGCCCAACUACCCUGGCAGCGGGGGCUUCGGGGCCAGUUACCCCGGGGGUCCUAACGCCCCCGCAAGCAUGGGCAUCCCUCCGCACACCAGGCCACCCGCUGACUUCAGUCAGCCGGCCGCCGCUGCCGCUGCAGCUGCCGUGGCGGCAGCAGCAGCCACGGCCACAGCCACUGCCACUGCCACUGUGGCAGCCUUGCAGGAGACGCAGAAUAAGGAUAUAAACCAAUAUGGACCGGUCUGUUCCUCUUUCCAGAUGGGUCCCACCCAGGCGUAUAACAGCCAAUUCAUGAACCAGCCCGGGCCACGGGGGCCUGCCUCCAUGGGGGGCAGCAUGAACCCUGCGAGCAUGGCGGCUGGCAUGACACCCUCCGGGAUGAGCGGCCCCCCCAUGGGCAUGAACCAGCCCCGGCCACCCGGCAUCAGCCCCUUUGGCACACAUGGGCAGCGGAUGCCCCAGCAGACCUACCCGGGCCCCCGGCCCCAGUCCCUUCCCAUUCAGAGCAUAAAGAGGCCAUACCCAGGAGAGCCCAACUAUGGAAACCAGCAAUACGGACCAAACAGCCAGUUCCCCACACAGCCAGGCCAGUACCCCACCCCCAACCCCCCGCGGCCGCUCACCUCGCCCAACUACCCCGGGCAGAGGAUGCCCAGCCAGCCGAGCACCGGGCAGUACCCGCCCCCCACCGUCAACAUGGGGCAGUAUUACAAGCCGGAGCAGUUUAAUGGACAGAACAACACCUUCUCUGGAAGCAGCUACAGUAACUACAGCCAAGGGAACGUCAGCAGGCCUCCCAGGCCAGUUCCUGUGGCAAAUUACCCCCACUCACCUGUUCCCGGGAACCCCACACCCCCCAUGACCCCUGGGAGCAGCAUCCCCCCGUACCUGUCCCCCAGCCAAGAUGUUAAGCCACCCUUCCCGCCUGACAUCAAGCCAAAUAUGAGUGCUCUGCCACCACCCCCAGCCACCCACAACGACGAGCUGCGGCUCACGUUCCCUGUGCGGGACGGCGUGGUGCUGGAGCCCUUCCGCCUGGAGCACAACCUGGCCGUCAGCAACCAUGUCUUUCACCUGCGGCCCACCGUCCACCAGACGCUGAUGUGGAGGUCUGACCUGGAGCUGCAGUUCAAGUGCUACCACCACGAGGACCGGCAGAUGAACACCAACUGGCCAGCCUCGGUGCAGGUCAGCGUGAACGCCACACCCCUCACCAUCGAGCGCGGCGACAACAAGACCUCCCACAAGCCCCUGCACCUCAAGCACGUGUGCCAGCCGGGCCGCAACACCAUCCAGAUCACCGUCACGGCCUGCUGCUGUUCCCACCUGUUCGUGCUGCAGCUGGUGCACCGGCCGUCCGUGCGCUCCGUGCUGCAAGGCCUCCUGAAGAAGCGCCUCCUGCCCGCGGAGCACUGCAUCACCAAGAUCAAGCGGAAUUUCAGCAGCGUGGCAGCCUCAUCCGGCAACACCACCCUCAAUGGGGAAGAUGGCGUGGAGCAGACGGCCAUCAAAGUGUCUCUGAAGUGCCCCAUCACAUUCCGGCGCAUCCAGCUGCCUGCUCGAGGUCAUGAUUGCAAGCACGUCCAGUGCUUUGACCUGGAGUCAUACCUGCAGCUGAAUUGUGAGAGAGGGACCUGGCGGUGUCCUGUGUGCAAUAAAACUGCUCUGCUGGAAGGCCUGGAGGUGGAUCAGUACAUGUGGGGCAUCCUGAACGCCAUCCAACACUCCGAGUUUGAAGAGGUCACCAUCGACCCCACGUGCAGCUGGCGGCCAGUGCCCAUCAAGUCGGACCUGCACAUUAAGGAUGACCCCGACGGCAUCCCCUCCAAGCGGUUCAAGACCAUGAGCCCCAGCCAGAUGAUCAUGCCCAAUGUGAUGGAGAUGAUCGCAGCCCUGGGCCCUGGCCCGUCCCCCUAUCCACUCCCGCCUCCGCCCGGGGCCAACAACUCCAACGACUACAGCAACCAAGGCAACAACUACCAGGGCCACGGCAACUUCGACUUCCCCCAUGGGAACCCUGGAGGGACGUCCAUGAAUGACUUCAUGCACGGCCCCCCCCAGCUCUCCCACCCGCCGGACAUGCCCAACAACAUGGCUGCCCUGGAGAAGCCCCUCAGCCACCCCAUGCAGGAGACUAUGCCACACGCUGGCAGUUCUGACCAGCCCCAUCCCUCCAUACAACAAGGUUUGCACGUCCCACACCCCAGCAGCCAGUCAGGGCCUCCAUUACAUCACAGUGGGGCUCCUCCUCCUCCUUCCCAGCCUCCCCGGCAACCGCCACAGGCCGCUCCCAGCAACCAUCCACACAGCGACCUGACCUUUAACCCCUCCUCAGCCUUAGAGGGUCAGGCCGGAGCGCAGGGAGCAUCCGACAUGCCGGAGCCUUCGCUGGAUCUCCUGCCAGAACUCACAAACCCCGACGAGCUCCUCUCGUACCUGGACCCCCCGGACCUGCCGAGCAAUAGUAACGACGACCUCCUGUCCCUCUUUGAGAACAACUGA